AGAGAGAGAGGCUGGACUCCAUUAGUGUGAGGGGGAAAGUGUUCGGGACUCUUCGCCUCUCUCUCUUCUUCUUCUUCGGGGAUUUCUCUGUGUUUUCCUCGCGGGACUCGGACUCACACAUGGUGUAAAGAAGGUGGAAGUUGCAGUCGACGGGUUCAGAGUGUUUUUCUCUUCGUGAAGGAUGGCGCUGGACGGGAUCCGGAUGCCCGAUGGCUGCUAUGCCGACGGGACGUGGGAGCUGAAGAUGCAUGUCACCGACCUCCACCGGGACGUGUCGCUGAGGGUCACUGGGGAAAUCCACAUCGGCGGAGUAAUGCUCAAACUUGUGGAGAAACUAGAUGUGAAGAAGGACUGGUCAGACCAUGCUCUGUGGUGGGAGAAGAAGAAGACAUGGCUGUUGAAAACCCACUGGACAUUGGACAAGUACGGCAUCCAGGCCGAUGCCAGGCUGCUCUUCACGCCGCAGCACAAACUUCUGCGCCUCCAGCUGCCCAACAUGAAGCACAUGAAGGUCAAGGUCAACUUCUCGGACCGUGUCUUCAAGAAUGUGUCCGACAUCUGCAAAACCUUCAAUAUUCGCCACCCAGAGGAGCUUUCUCUACUGCGUAAGCCCCGUGAUCCUAAGAAGAAGAAGAAAAAGCUGGAGGAGGCAGAGGAGGAUGAUCUUGAGCUGGAGGGUCCACUGUUAACCCCGGGAUCAGGGAGCAUCUACUCCAGUCCGGGCUUGUACAGUAAGACAAUGACCCCCACCUACGACUCCAGGGACGGAAGUCCGCUGUCGCCCACCUCUGCCUGGUUCGGGGACAGCCCCUUGUCCGAGGGAAAUCCCAGCAUCCUCGCCGUCAGCCAGCCAAUCUCCUCACCAGACAUCCUGGCGAAAAUGUACAAGCCCCAGUCGCUGCUGGACAAAGCCAAAAUCAACCAGGGGUGGUUGGACUCAUCCAGAUCUCUGAUGGAGCAGGAUGUAAAGGAGAAUGAGGUGCUGCUGCUGAGGUUCAAAUACCACAGUUUCUUUGACCUCAACCCUAAGUAUGAUGCCAUCCGAGUGAACCAGCUCUAUGAACAGUCCAAGUGGGCCAUCCUGUUGGAGGAAAUCGAGUGCACGGAGGAGGAAAUGAUGAUGUUUGCUGCCCUGCAGUACCACAUCAACAAACUGUCAAUCAUGGCUUCAGACAACCACAUGAACAACAGUGAGAAGGAGGUGGACGAGGUGGAUGCAGCCCUGUCAGACCUGGAGAUCACGUUGGAAGGAGGGAAGACGUCCAACACACUGGGUGAUAUCACAUCUAUUCCUGAGCUAGCUGACUACGUCAAAGUUUUCAAACCCAAGAAGCUGACGCUGAAGGGCUAUAAGCAGUACUGGUGCACAUUCAAGGAUAUCACAAUUUCCUGUUACAAGAGUAAAGAGGAGGCGCACGGGACACCUGCUCUACAAAUGAAUCUAAGAGGUUGUGAGGUAACUCCAGAUGUUAACAUCUCGGGUCAGAAAUUCAACAUCAAGCUGCUAAUCCCUGUGGCUGAUGGCAUGAACGAGAUCUGGCUUCGGUGUGACACAGAGAAGCAGUACGCCCACUGGAUGGCCGCGUGCCGUUUGGCCUCCAAAGGGAAGACCAUGGCUGACAGCUCUUACAACCUGGAGGUCCAGAACAUUCUGUCCUUCCUGAAGAUGCAGCACAUGAACCCCGACCCUCAGUUCAUUGAGCCGAUCACCACCGACAUCAACCCAGAAUGCCUGGUGUCGCCGCGCUACCUGAAGAAGUACAAGAACAAGCAGAUUUCAGGCCGGAUCCUGGAGGCCCACCAGAACGUGGCCCAGAUGAGUCUCAUCGAGGCCAAGAUGCGUUUCAUCCAGGCGUGGCAGUCGCUCCCCGAGUUCGGAAUGACUCACUUCCUCGCAAAGUUCCAGGGAGGAAAGAGGGAGGAGCUGAUCGGCAUCACCUACAACCGUUUGAUCCGGAUGGACGGCGGCACCGGAGACGCCAUCAAGACCUGGCGCUUCAGCAACAUGAAGCAGUGGAACGUCAACUGGGAGAUCAAGAUGGUGACGGUGGAAUUCGCCGACGAGCCGAGCCUGUCGUUCAUCUGCGCCGAGGUCGACUGCAAGGUCGUCCACGAGUUCAUCGGCGGCUACAUCUUCCUGUCCACGCGCGCCAAGGACCAGAACGAGUCUCUAGACGAGGAGAUGUUCUAUAAGCUGACCAGCGGCUGGGUCUGAGCUGCACCCCCCCCCCACCCCCCGAACAAGCCAGGGUCAACGAUUGUGGGCCAGGAGGGGAGCGGGGGGAGUGGAGCCACGUUGUAUGGGUUUAUUUUAUUCUACUUUUUAAAGUUUUUUUUGGAGCUGUGCUGAAGAGUCCAGAGCAGCAACCGUUGCCAUGCCGACAACCGUGUUCUCUGUUGUUUUGCCGACGAGGUCACUUGUUCUAACACUAAAUUGUGGUUGAAUCAGUUCAGACGAACUUUGAACUUAAACUCCUGUGGUUGAGCAGAAGCCUGUUUAACUACGACCCCCUUCCUCCUCCUCCUCCUCCUCCUCCUCCUCCUCCUCCUGGACCGACGGCCAUCAACUUCACGUCCAUGACUUCCCUUUAAACACCAAUCAAACACCAAAUUUAAUCCCAAAGAUCCUUUGAUUUUCUUUCUUCCUCUUCACUCUUUUGUCUUUUCCUCUUUCUCUUCUAGAACAGGACUAAAGAGCUGACGUCAAACUGUCGUUUAAACAUUUUAGUGCCACAGAUGCCCACAGUCAUAUCUAAUUAUUUAUCCUAAAACACGGACUUCCUCAGAGUCUGAUGGGGGGGGGGG